UAGUGUUUCAGUGUUGAUGUUCAGGUCUCAGUGGCCGAAUAUAAGGACCCUUAUACAGAGAGUGCUAAAAUGUUCUGCUCCUGCUGCAUUCCAGCUGUGCGCUUCAAUCCCAGCUGUUCAUUCAGCUCAAAUCCCACUGCCUGCUUUGAUCCUACACACCCUCAGCACAGCAGAGGAAAGCCCCCUUUAUCAUCUUCCUGCCAGCCCAACCAACAAUGUGUGGAAGUGAGUCAAACCCAUUUGAACUGGUCCUGCUCUCUGAGCCUCCAGCCUUCACUCGCUCACCAGACAAAGAGGACGUUCAGCCCUGGCUGGAGCUUUCUGGGCUCAGCGACAGCGUGGCACGCCAUGGCGGGCUUCUCCGUGUCGAUCCAGAACUUGCAUGGUGCAACUCUAAAUCUCGUGCCGCUUUGUUCCCUCGUCGUAGUUCCUCUGACCGGAGCAGGAGGUGGAGGAAGAAUGUGGGGUGACGCAAUACUGGUCUGCUCUCCGACUGUCACCGGAGAAUCGAUCUAUCGCCGUGGAGCUAGACGAUGGAGGAAGCUGUACCGGGUGAACGGACACCUCUUCCAGGCCAAGCGCUUUAACAGGAAAGCGUACUGUGGCCACUGCAGCGAGAGGAUAUGGGGACUGGGGCGUCAGGGCUACAAGUGUAUCAACUGCAAGCUUCUGGUCCAUAAACGCUGUCACAAGCUCGUCUCACUGACCUGUCAAAGGCAUAUGGAUCCAGUCAUGCCAUCACAGGAGCCGUUGGUAGAUGAUGAUAAAAGCGGAGAGGAAGUGGAGCUCCCCCCUGAGGACCCUGAAGAAACAGACACAAUUCCAGUCCCUUUCUUAGCACACAACCGGAAAGUGGAGAAAGCUGAAGAUGACACCGAGGAUCUGAAGGCGGUGGUGGACGGGAUCGAGGGGAUUCAGAUCUCUCAGUGUCUCGGCCUGGGGGACUUUGACAUGAUCCGGGUCAUCGGGAGGGGCAGUUACGCUAAAGUGCUGCUGGUCCGACUCAAGAAGAACGAACAGAUUUACGCCAUGAAGGUGGUGAAGAAAGAGCUGGUCCAUGAUGAUGAGGACAUUGACUGGGUCCAGACAGAGAAACACGUGUUUGAACAAGCAUCGACCAAUCCAUUCUUAGUGGGACUUCACUCUUGCUUUCAGACAGAAAGCCGGCUGUUUCUAGUGAUUGAGUAUGUGAAUGGAGGAGAUCUUAUGUUCCAUAUGCAGAGGCAGCGGAAGCUUCCAGAGGAACAUGCCAGAUUUUAUGCUGCUGAAAUUUGCAUCGCUCUUAAUUUUCUGCAUGAGAAGGGCAUUAUUUACCGCGAUUUAAAACUGGACAAUGUACUAUUGGACCAGGAUGGCCAUAUCAAACUUACAGACUAUGGCAUGUGCAAGGAGGGAAUCAGACCAGGUGACACCACCAGCACAUUCUGUGGGACGCCCAACUACAUCGCCCCAGAGAUCCUGAGGGGAGAAGAUUACGGGUUUAGUGUAGACUGGUGGGCCCUGGGUGUGCUCAUGUUUGAAAUGAUGGCAGGUCGAUCUCCCUUUGACAUCAUCACUGACAAUCCUGACAUGAACACAGAGGAAUAUCUCUUCCAAGUAAUUUUGGAGAAGCCGAUACGGAUUCCCAGGUCAUUGUCUGUUAAGGCUGCGAGUGUGCUGAAAGGUUUUCUGAACAAGGACCCGAAAGAGAGGCUGGGAUGCCAAGUUCAGACCGGAUUCACAGACAUCAAGGCUCAUACGUUCUUCAGAAGCAUAGACUGGGACCAGCUGGAGCAGAAGCAGGUGACGCCACCGUUCAAACCUCAGAUCACAGACGACUACGGUUUAGAAAACUUUGACACGCAGUUCACCAACGAACCCGUGCAGCUAACACCAGACGACGAGGAUGUGAUUAAGAGAAUAGACCAGUCUGAGUUUGAGGGAUUUGAGUACAUUAAUCCUCUGAUGCUCUCCACUGAAGAAACCGUAUGAGGGAAGAACAAUACGGCCGAUGUUUCUCCGCCUGCAGCUCCAUGAGACUUCUACAGCUGAGUUUAACUCAGACUAUGUGUUCACAGAGAAGAAUUUUUCCUUCAAACUGCGUUAAAGACAAAAAGCAACACUAAGACUUCAAGUUUUGGACCCUCCCCGAGUUAUUUUAGGAUUACACUGGAAGAAGAACAACUGGAGGAACUUCAGAAAACAAACUCAGAACUAUUCCCCAUAUUUCAGCUGUUGAUUGUCUUCCUGCUUCCCAGCGUCCUCUUUAAUUUUGACACCCGUGUUUGUGUGAAUGUGCGCGCACUGUUGCCUGGGACUCGAUGUGUGCCUGCGUCCUUCAGAGACUACAUUUCCCAUCAACCCUAGCUGAAUAUGACAGUUCUAACUUAAUGUGCACUUUUUAUUUUCUGUUCGACUUUUUUUUUUUUUUUUUUUAAAUCUCUUGAAUCUUGUAUGAGGUGCGUCCUCAAGCGAAACAAGAAUGUAUAAUGUUUAAAGGUAAAUGUUGUAUUAUAGUGUAGUUAGCCAAUCGAAGAAUUUAUGAUGCCUUCUAUGAUGCAAAGUGGCACAUUUUAAUUCAUGACCAUGAUGGUUUCCUAAACAGUGGGUAGCUGUGCUUCAAACCACAUGCUUUUAACCACCCGUGUUGAUUUUACUGAGUAAAUGGGAGAUAAAAUGUGUUUUUUUGAAGAAGUGCCUCAAAGAUCCAAAAUUCACCAUGCUCCAAACUGCUCUGAACCCCAUGUUUGAUCAGAGUUGAUUUUCCAAUGCACCAUCCAAUGAGAAAUGUGCAGGUGUUUUUUUUUGUUUUGUUUAGUUUUUUUAUACUUAACAUAAACACUGAUACAUAUGUUGAAACCAA